AUGGGAACGCUAUGUUCGUCUUCAGACGAUGCCAUCAGGACGACCAAGAACCACGCGCAAGAUACCAGGUUGGAUGCCGUCGAUGGCGCCGAUUGGUCGAGCCUGCCGGAGGACCUCCUGCUGAUCAUCAUGGCGGCGCUGGAUAUCCCCGGCCUUUUCCGAUCCGGCACCGUCUGCGCCUCCUGGCACGACGCCUACUCCACCUUCCGCCGCCUCCGCCGCCCCUCGCCGAAGCAGGGCCCGUGCCUGUUGUACGCCUCCGACGAGUACGGACCCAACCACGCCGCCAUGUACUGCCCCUCCACCGACACCACGUUCCGCGUCCCCUUCCGGCACCACGGCAGGGGACUCUUCUUCUCCUCAAACGGCUGGGUGUUCGCUACCGACGAGGCCGCCGACCCGUACCUCCACAACCCCGUCACCGGCGUCCAGGCCACGCUCCCGUCGGUCAAGACGCUUCCAGGCAUAGACACCUGCAAGGUGAACUUCGUGAACGACGAUGGUACCGUCUCUGCUUCUGCCUCUGAAGAUUUCAUCGAGUGGGCGCGGGAUUGCGCGUAUUGCCGGGUGGCCAUCUCCACGGGCCACGAUGCAGCAGCGACAUGCACCGUCUUGUUAGUACACAUGCCAGACCAGAAGCUCUCCUUUGCCAAGCCCGGCGACGAGCGGUGGACAUUGAUAUCCGAUGAGCUAUACAUGGACGAUGUCCGUUACAACGACAAGGAUAGCAUGUUUUACGAUCUCAGCGAGCCUUCACCGGUCAUGACAAGGAUCAUGUGCGGCGUCACAACAUGGGGCAACCCUACCAAGUACCUCACCAUAACCCCAUCCGGCGAGCUCUGGCAAGUGUGCAGGAUGUGGACCGAGGAAGGACUCAAGCAUCCCGAGCUGGACCUACCAAGACCUUCUGAGGUAUACGUCUGA